AUGGACGACGGCCUUUCGGACGUCUCGGAUCUCAGCUCGCCACCGGCGUCGCCCUGCGCGCCGCCAGGUUUUUGGCCCUCGCCGCCCCCGUCGCAGGAGGCAGAUGAGUCCAGCGCGGCUCGCAGCCAGGAUGAGAUGCCGCCCGCCAGGAAAAGACGGAAAGUCACCCCCAAGGAACGCACAACGGUCCAUCUUGAUCUCACAAAUCCGGGCGUCGAUUCCUACGCCGACCAGCGGUCGCAAAUCGAUCUUCUCACCAAGACACUACGCCGCCAUCGCAAGAUCGUCGUCAUUGCCGGCGCGGGUAUCUCCACGUCCGCGGGCAUUCCGGAUUUUCGUUCGACAGAUGGAUUGUUUCGAUCGCUUCAGAAAAAGCACAAUCUGAAGGCGUCGGGCAAGCUGCUGUUCGACGCGGCUGUCUACCAAGAUGAAUCCUUGACCGCCUCGUUCCACGAGAUGGUUCGCUCGCUGUCAGCAGAGGCAGCUAAAACCUCGCCGACCGCUUUUCACCACAUGAUGGCGCGUCUCGGGCAGGAGAACCGGCUUACUCGGCUGUACACCCAAAAUAUCGACGGGAUCGAGACGUCGAUGCCGCCCCUGUCGACCCAGGUGCCUCUGAACAUGAAGGCCCCCUGGCCGCGCACCAUCCAGCUGCACGGCAGUCUCGAGAAGAUGAUCUGUCAGAAAUGUCGCCAUCUGACCGACUUCCAGGGCGAGCUCUUCGACGGACCUGAGGCGCCGCUCUGCCCUGCCUGCUUCGAAACAGACGCCGUCCGCGCGACCACCGGGCAGCGGAGCCAUGGCGUCGGUAAGAUGCGGCCGCGAAUUGUGCUAUACAACGAGCACAACCCGGACGAGGAAGCCAUCGCCUCGGUCAUGAACGCCGAUGUCCGCUCACGCCCCGAUGCCUUGGUCGUUGUCGGCACCAGUCUCAAGAUCCCCGGAGUCCGUCGCCUGGUCAAGAACCUCUGCACCGUCAUCCGUGGUCGCCGCAACGGGGUCACCAUGUGGAUCAACAACGAACCUCCCGUCGGCCGAGAGUUUGAGGACUGCUGGGAUCUCAUGGUCAAGGGCGACUGUGAGGAGGUGGCUCGGCUGGUCAACCUCAAGCGGUGGGAUGACAACACCGAUGAUGAUGUUUUCGAUGAGUGCAACUCCUCCGAGGUGGAACGUGUCAAAAAACAGGGUACCGUCUCCGUCAUCAUUCAAACGCCCCGCAAGAAACAGAAAACCAACACCGGCUUUCUUACGCCUUCAUCUAGCCAAGACGACGAACAAUCGGAUCUGCCUCAUAAGUCUGCCGCUGCCGCCGCCGCCGCCUCCAACGCUACGUCUCGCUCAAAUCCUGCCAGUCGCGGUCGCAGCCUCAACGAGGUUCUCGCCAAAGCCAAAGAACAAACAGGCCCGGCCUCGCGAAAGAAAGCUGCUCCGAAGAAGAAAGCAACGACCACCACCAAAACUACCAAACCCACCGCCAACAAAAAACCCGCGGCGACGAAGAACGCGCGCAUCACCAGCUUCAGUCGAGUCACCAAAGCGUCCGGUGUCGCGGGCCGAGCUGGGGUUGGCAAGGCCGAUAGCAAGCCGGACAAGGACGAGCCCGCCAAGCCCAUGCACCCGGUCUCCCCGGGGGCCGUACGCAAUAACAACGGACCUCUCGUUUCCAAUCUGGGGAGUAAGCGGGCUUCUUCUGACGAUGAGUCGGCUUGGAGCAACAGUGAAACGAUAUCUCCCAAGUCGAUCCCGAACGGGAUGAGCCGACUGAUCUGUUGA